AGCAUGUGAGCAUUCUUCCUACAAUCUUUAGCCAAUUCAUCUGCCACCCUUCGAGGCUUCGUCUUCAUCAAAUUCAUUCUCCAAUUCCAGCGUAUCAGCAAAAUUGCAUCUGAUUUGCGACUUCAAGGAAUAAAUAUAAUAACCAAAUGAGCAGGCCACUCAAUCUACAUUCCAACUUCUUUUCCUCUCUCAAACAGGUUGAGAAAAGGUUGAAACUUGAAGACAGUUCAUCACUUUCCCAGAAAUCUCUCUCUUCUACUCCAACAGAAUCUCUCUCUUCUCCAAUAUACCUUCAUAAUUCUACUCAAUUUCAUCACCAUAAUAAUACUAUUUCUAAUCAAUGCUCAAAUCCUGAAGAUAGUGAAACCGCACGUGAAUUCCUCUCAAAUUCCUUGGAUUUCUCACCAACCCAAGAAGAAAAAUCAUUGCCUGAAAAAACCCUUUUAUCCCCACCUGAAUUUGUGGAAGAAAUCGAAGUCGAUGAAAUUGGAUUGUUGAUUGAACUUCUAGGGUUAUCAGAUUUUGAAGGGGGUAACUCAAAUUUAGACUUGGAAAGUUGUUCUUCAUGUCAUUGUGGUAGUGGGUUUUUGGGGAAAAUUGCUGGGGUGAAAGGACCCAAAUGUAAGAAGGAAAUGGAGAGGUUAGAUGGGUGGAUUAGUUAUUUUAGGGAUGAGAAGAUUGAGCCUUUUAGAUUAGCUCAUUUGCUUUUGGGAAAGGCUGCUUUUCUUUAUGGUAGUGGUGAUGGAAUGUCUGAUGAGGAGCUUGAGAUUCCGUCUACGGUUGACGAGUUCUUGCGGCAUGAUCCUCCCAAUGCUAAGGACCUUGAUUUGAGGUAAUGGAUUGUUGGGUUUGUGCAUGAAGUUAUUGAGAGUAAACCGAAAAGGACCUCAAUUGAGCUUGAAUAUUCCGAAUACCCAUUUGUCAUAUUCAGUUCACUUCUAGACUAGUGUUACCUAAUUCGCUAAUCCCCUACGAAUUGUGAAUUGAGACAAGCGAAUUAUAGUCGGUUCUCGACUAUUGGUGGGUUUGUGAAUGGAUUUCAAUAUUUCAUGUGUAAUGCCAAGUUGAAACUAUUAAGGCAAAAUGUGAAUGGGGUGUGUGUAGCUGAUGAUGAAAAGAGCUUGAAGAGUUCAUUGCACCUAAAAAACAAGUGUGUGCAUAGUGAAAGAGGUAAAUCUUGCUCAAAUUGCUGCUCACAUUAAUAGUUUCAUGGCAUUGGCCUUGUUUUUGCUUUUGUAGCUGUUAUGAAUUGCUGUAGUCAAUGUGAAGUAGGUUUGUUCUUUCUUCAUGAAAUGGUAUAGCUGAGGUCUAUUUUUGAUUAAUACAAUGAGAUGAUUUAUCUUUAUCUUUGUUGUUGCUUUUAGGGUUAUUUACGUUCUUAGGAUUAAUAUUCUAAUUCGAGCUGAGGAAGGCCCUACAUUAUGAUGCUAGACUUCAUGAGUUUUCUUUCCAACCAUCUAGGAGGGCAGUAUAAUUCACACUGGGGUAGGACCUUGAAGGUCCACAAGUACGCAACCAUACUUUUACUAGUCAAAUAUUACUAUUAUUAAGGUUGUUUUUUAACAAAUAGAAAUUUGAUUUUCUAUAAGAAGAAAAGAAAUCUUCUUCUGUGUAUGCUCCAAUCAACUGUGCAGAAGAACUAUUCAUGAGCCAACACCUAUAAUACUUGUUUAGCCUUCUUAAGAGAAGGCAGGAAGAGAGUUUUUGACUUUUUGCUAGGUCGAUCAUGAGGGAGUGUGCAAGACAAGGCCAUUUUAAGAAUCUUUUUACGACUUUCUUCAUCGUUAAUGAUGUUUUAAGCAUGAUUCUUUGACAGCAAAAAUAUUUUUUUCCCAUGACAACCAUCCCGACUAUAAAGCUAGAGCAGCGGCUAUAACAUUACCUUGCUUGACUUAUGCUAUGUUUAUUUAGUGGACGUUUGUUUUGCUUUGUGAAUCAACAUUUGGGUGGUCAGCCACAGGCCAUAGCAGCCACAUGGUUUCUCAAAUCUUUCUCAGUCUGUACCUCAAGCCUCUUCUUCCGGUGUUUCACCUGGACCUGGUAAUUCUACAUUAGAACAACCCCAACCACCAUGGCUUAAAAUGACUACUCCUGUCUCCUGGUAUACAGAAAUAUACAGAAGUAUUCAUGGAGGUGGACACUGAUCGAGAUGGAAAAAUUACGGGUGAACAGGCACACAAUCUAUCCCUGAGCUGGAGACUACCAAGAGUUAGGAUGUUGUUCCUCUUAUUGUUGUGAUUGAGAUAUCCAAUUUUAGGUGAUUAGUUGUUAUUUUAAUGUCUUUCUUUUUGCUCUAUGUUGCGUGUCCUUGUCUUCUAGACAUUGAAUUUUUAGAUUGUGAAAAGUCAUUUGCAGCGCAUGGUCAUCAUACUCAAUAGUAGACUAUCCUAGUGGAGUAAUAGGUUUCAAUAUCCUAGUGGAGUAAUAGGUUUAACUGACCCUUUUGUUAGUUCUUGUUAAAAUUCUGAUCAUUAACCUGUUGUAAGCAUAUAUAUUAUAUUUUCUACUUUCCUCUUCCUCUCUUUUUACUCUUUUUUCUAUAUAUGAAUUUGUGGUUCAAUGGGGGUGGAUAUGAUAUGCUGAGUAAGGAGUCAAUCUUCGUACAUCGUAAGACGAAACAAAGAGCUGGAGUAAUAUAGAAAAAAAGGAUUGUAAUGAACUUAUUCAACAUGGAAGGCGACCUUGCAGUUGGUGGAAAGGAAGGGAUGGACUGAAACUUGGACUCAUGCUGCUGUGAAUCAAUACUGAAGUGAAGAAAUACCUUUUUCAUUAGUUUGUUUAGCAUGCUCGUAGUUAUAGGAGUUGAAACUUUCAAAUUUUCUUGUAAUACAGUUAACUCUGUUUCUCUGUUAGGUGCAGUAUUUGUGAGCAUGAAGACGAAAUAGCUUGGUGCACCAUUGGGGGUGGGGAGGUAUAAUAUGUAAAUGUGUAGUGCUAUUUUGAGUUUUUUUCAAGUUCUUCAAUUCAAUACAGCCUAUAGGCAAGGUUAAAAUAGAUCAAAAUUUUGAAAGUGAAUUUGCUUUGUGAAUUGAAUAUCAAAAUGUGUAAGCUAUUAUAAAUGGAAAUAAGGGCCUAUUCUCCCCAACUUA